CUCAGCGUUCACUGCCAGUUUAAGGGAUCUUUACGGCACGGCCAGACUCAGACCUGCAGCUGAUAAAGCUGAGCAAGACACCUCACCCCUACAUGCUCCCCGGGCCCGUGUCAGUGCUCGUGAUUCAUUUCAUACUGUAAAAGCCGUCAGCAAUGGAAAGACUGAUACAUAUGCUGCUGUUCUCAGUACUCUGUCUGUUCAUUCAGAGCAUCUCAUGUGAAUAUGUUCUGAUACGGGAGAAGAUGACUUGGAAUGAGGCACAGGUUUACUGCAGACAGCAUCACAUUGAUCUGGUCACCGUUCAAAACACUGAAGACUGGACGAAUGUACAGAGAGAAGUUCAACCAGCAUUGACUUCAGACAUCUGGAUUGGACUCUUCAAUAACAUUUCAAGCUGGCAGUGGUCAUAUCAAAAUGAAUACAUUUCAUUCUCCAGAUGGUCUGGAACUGAACCAAACAACGCUUAUGGAAAGGAGGAAUGUGGCGCUUUAUGGUCUGAUGGUGGAUGGGAUGAUAGAGACUGCUCUGCUGAAUUUCCCGUAUUUUGCUACAAAGAGAAUGAAACAGAAGCUGACAGGUUUGUUUUUGUUAAUAUCCCAAUGAGCUGGCAUAAAGCUCAGAGUUACUGCAGACAACAUUACACAGAUCUGGCCGUCAUUCACAAUAAAACUGAGGAUCAAGUCCUGCUGCACCAGAUGUCAAUGCUAGGCAUUAGUUAUUCAUGGAUUGGUCUGUUCAGAGACUCAUGGAAGGGGUCAGAUGAAAUAAAUGUUGUCAACGUGUCCUCCAUUAACUGGAUGACUGGACAACCUGACUUGACGGGCGUGAACCAACCUUGUGGUGUUACAUAUCCUGAUGGUCUUAUAGAUGAUCAACUGUGUUCAAAUACUUUUCCAUUCAUCUGCAAGACACGUAAGUUUUUAUGUGUGAUCAUAAACUACUCAUAACACAAACAUCAUAAAUACACAGAAUGAGAGAAGAGACGUUAGACAAACAAAGCUGUUGAUAGUCAAAAUAAAUAGUUUGACCACAAAUGUACUGUUGAAAAUAUUGAUUUCCAUUUUGUAUUAAACAUCAAAGACAGUGAGAAAAACUGAUGAAAAAGAGUCACAUUGAUGAUCAUCUGAUGUUAAACAGUCAGGGUUUAAUAAAGCAAUAAGUCAUGUGAAGCAGUGUGUUACAGUGUAU